AUGAAGGACUUCACUGAAAUCACACUGUGCCCUGACAGGCUGGAGCAGAGUAAGACGGAGUUUUGCAAUCCCAUCUUCGAGCCCGAGAGCGAGGGGGCCGGCUGCGCACCCCCCACCCCACACCAGACGGAGGGGGAGAACGGGACCAGCGCUGGAUCCCCCUGGGAUGGCUUCGGCCAGCCGCUCUGGAGCAGGGCGGGCAGGAAGCACAGGCCCGACUGCACCUUCUCCUGGCUGUGCGUAGCGCUGAUGAGUGCCUUGCUCUUGCUGCUCCUCGCCUUGCUGCUGGGGAUCAUCAUCAUCUCCCAGCUGCAGUCCUCACGCCCGGCUGGACCCUCCUCUGCGACUGCAUCCGCCCACCACCACGCCGCCACCACCACGGCACCUGCUGGCACAGCCGAGCCCAUGGCCACCGAGCCACCGAGAGAGCCGCCCCCAGCCACUACACCAGAGCCCUCCUGUGGGGGGACCCUGCAGGGCCCCGAGGGCUCCCUCAGCUCCCCCAGGUACCCUGCCCCCUACCCACCCAACACCCUGUGCAUCUGGCGCAUCCAGGUGGAGGACGGGCUGGUCAUCCAGCUGAAGAUCGAGUCGCUCAGCCUGGAAGGCACGAGGUGGUGCCUCUUCGACCGGGUGGAGCUGUACGAGGAGCUGGGGGCAGCCAGCGGCUCCCCCUGGGGAGGGACAUCCAGGUUUUGUGGGGACGUGGCGCCCCCGACAAUCAACACCAACUCCAACCGGCUGCGCGUCACCUUCGUCUCAGACAACAGCGUGGGUGCCCUGGGCUUCACUGCCCACUACCGUGCCAUCCUGCCCAGCGACAAGAGCUGUGCCUGGGACGAGUUUUUCUGCGACCAGGGGCUCUGCCUCCGCCUGGGCCUUGUCUGUGACGGCUUCCACGACUGCACAGACAAGAGCGACGAAGCCAACUGCAGCUCGAGACACAAAGAAUGCGGUGGAUCGUUGACCAGCUUGGAGGGGCAGUUCUCCACCCCCAGCCACCCCCAGCCGUACCCGCAUCAGCAGCUGUGUCUCUGGCAGAUCGCCGUGCCCGUGGGCCAUGUGAUCGAUCUGCAAUUCCACAACUUCAGCCUGGAGUCGCAGGAGGACUGCACCUUCGACUUUGUGGAGGUGCACGACAGUGCAGGCACGGACGCCCCCAGCCUCCUGGGCAGGUUCUGUGGCUCCCAACUGCCGCCCGUCCUGACCUCCUCACGACACGUCAUGACCGUCCUGUUCAUGGCAGAUGAGGGCGUGGCGGAGGACGGGUUCUUUGCCACCUACCGUGCCCGGAACGCCACGGAAAGUAGGUCCCUGGGUCUGAAACGCACCCUCCCUGCUGCCUGGCUCUUUCUCCAACUGGAAACAUGCAGCCCCUCGGAGUUCUCCUGCAGCAACGGGGAAUGUCAGGCACGGGAGUCGGUGUGUGACGGCUGGCACGACUGCCCGGAUGGGAGCGAUGAAUUCAACUGCACGAGUGUCUCACCCCCCUCCUUUGCUCAGAUACAGCUGCCACCUGUAUCACCUGCACUCCCCCCUGCAGAGUCCUCCUGCCAGCAGAUCCAAGUGGAGAUGUGCUUGGGCCUCAGCUACAACACCACCUCCUUCCCCAACAUCUGGCUGACCAUCCCAGACCAGCAGGGGGCGGCCACCAUGCUCCGAGACUACAAGACCCUGAUGGGGCUCUCCUGCUACCAGCACCUGCGCCUGCUGAUCUGCAGCCUCUUCGUGCCCAAGUGCACGCCGGACGGGGGUGUCCUGCAGCCCUGCCGCGCCGUGUGCCUGACGGCGGAGCAGCGCUGCCAGCAGGCCCUCAGCCUCCUCAGCCUCCUCUGGCCCAUCAACUGCAACGUCCUCCCCGACUCCAACGACCCUGUGGAGUGCUUCAAGCCGUGA